ACGGGGAGGGGGGGGCGGGGGGGGGACUGUUUUCCGAGUUUCGUAUAUCUCUCUCAUGCGAUGGCGAUGAUCAUCUGCGCCCCUGCAGCAGCAGCACCGCAGUAGUACUUCUUCUCUUCUUCUCCUCCUCCUCCUCCUCCUUCUUGAGUGUCUUAGGUUUUCAUAUUGGUUAUGCCAAUUAAUUCUCCUCUAUAUAUAUUCCCUCUCCUCCUCUUGAACGUUCCUCCCACUUCACACCACUCGCCUAUUCUAUCUGUCAUCCGCCUUUCUCCGCCAUGUUCGAUCCGGAGGUCCUUCGCCUUGCUCAGGAGCAGAUGAGCCGUCUCCGCCCUGAGGAUCUGCAGCGCAUGCAGCAACAGAUGAUGAGUAAUCCAGGUCUUCUUCGUAUGGCAUCUGAAGGCAUGAAAAACAUCAGGCCAGAAGAUUUGAAGUUUGCUGCACAACAAAUGAGAAACAUACCUCCGGACGAAAUUGCUGACAUGAGUUCAAGAGUGGCACGUGCUACUCCAGAGGAGCUAGCAGCAAUGCAAUCUCAGAGUGCUGCUCAACGUGCUUAUGUGUUGCAAGGUUCACAAAGUUUGAAGAACCAGGGGAACCAACUUCAUGGCAUCGGGAAAUAUACUGAGGCAGCUGAGAAAUAUCUAAGAGCCAAAAACAAUCUUGUCGGGCACACGUCGAGGGAAGCAAGAGAUUUGGAACUGUCAUGUUCCUUGAACUUGAUGUCAUGCUACUUAAAGACCAAACAAUUUGUAGAUGUCGUUACUUUUGGUUCUGAGGUUCUAGCUCGUGAUCCUAGCAACCUGAAGGCUCUGUAUCGUAGAGGCCAAGCUUACAAAGAGUUAGGGCAGUUUAAGUUAGCUGUUCCAGAUUUAAGAAGGGCGUUGGAACUGUCGCCAGAUGACGAAACCAUAGCCAAUGUUUACAGUGUGGCAAAGGAAGCGCUUGACGCACAAGGCGGGGACGAAGAGUUGUCACUUGAUGGUCCUAUCAUCGAAGAAGUGCAUGAUGAAGAAGCUGAGAAGUCGAUGUCUGGAAACGACACGCAGCCAUUAGAAAGUACUGAUGAUCGGGCAAAAGAACAUUCCAAUAUGCCAAAUUGUGAAGCGUCUACUGCUACCAGUAACUCUGUUCCGGUAAUGCCCAACACAGCUGCUUUUGGUGAUACCCUUUCUGCUUUGAAGCAGAAUCCUGAGAUGUUGAGGAACAUGCACUCCGUUAUGUCAACAAUGAGUCCGGACACCAUUGCUGCAAUGAGCGGCGGUCAAAUGUCGCCUGAAAUGGUGAAAUUUGCCACAAAUAUGAUGAAACAGCUGUCUCCUGAAGACAUGGAGAGAAUGGUGAAUUUGGCCAGUACAUCUCAGAUGCCAAUGCCCGGAGGUGCACCUCCAAAUAUCACAACAGACACAUCUUCAGCAAUUCCAAGUACAUCUCGAUCUGCUUCAGAUACGGCCACAUCUGGACUCCAGAUCACACCAGAUGCAAGCUUCAGAUCUGGAGUUCAGACACCUGGUACUAAUAUGCCUAGCAUGGCAGACUUUAGUCCCGAAAUGAGGGAACAAAUGAGGAAGCAGAUGAAGGACCCAGCAAUGAAGCAGGUGAUGGCCGAUAUGAUGAAGACCAUGACUCCUGAAAUGAUGACCAACAUGAGUGAGCAACUUGGCAUGAAACUUAGUCAUGAGCAAGCUAUUCAAGCCCAGCAAGCCAUGGCCAGUUUGAGCCCGGAGACACUUGACCGAAUGAUGCUAUGGGCUGAAAGGGCCCAAAAGGCGACCCACCAAGCACGACGUGCCAAGAAUUGGUUAUUAGGAAGAUCAGGCUUGAUACUAGCUUUAGUAAUGUUAGUGGUUGCCGUUAUUUUGCAUCGUUUGGGUUACAUUGGUUCCUAGCUGAACUUGCCCAUUUCCAGCUUCUUUAACUCACAGCUGGCGUCCUUAUGAAGUCGACAGUUUGCUCAUAUUGCGUAGUUAAAAGAGCGUGAACAUGCAACCGCUAAGCCGAGUCUAACUCUACUAAAGUAACUGGUAACCACCAACUUCAUUGUUAUCAAGAAAACGGAUCGAGGGUUGAUUGAUUUAUAUAUUCUAAAAUACUGAAUUGAAUUGAACAAAAUUCUACUCAGAAUUAUUUCUA